AGUUCAAAGCUACGUCGGCCAUUCCAUCGCGAUCUGUCAAAAACGCAAUCUCUGAGCCAUCGUAUUGUAGAAAAGUUCAUUAUAAGUUAUGGAAAACUCAACUAAUGAAAAUGACUAUGAGAAUAAAAUACCUCUGAAUGCAAUCGUAAAUAUAAAACCAACUAGUUCUGCGCAUCAUAAAUUUGAGAAUGUUUUGAUAGAAAACGAUAUGAAAUUGAUAGCAAUAAACACCAUUGACGAUAUAAGAUACCUUUGCCGUAUUUGUCUUACAAAUGAAGAUAACAUGAUCUCUUUAAUGUCUACUAUUGAUUCAGAAUUGCUGGUGGAUAUAUUCUCUUAUGUUACAUCAAUAAAAGCACAAUUGGAGGCAGAUCUUCCUCAACAAAUUUGUGACACAUGUUACGAUGAUUUAUUACAAUGUUAUAAACUUAGAAAAAAGUCUUUGAAAUCAGAACAAACAUUGAGGAGAGUGUUGAAAUUAGAUUCCGGAUGCUGUUCUGACAAUAUGAGUGUGACAAUAAUGACAAAGGAAAAGGGAAUACAGACUGAUUGUAAUGAUUUGAUUAAAUUAUGCGAAGAGAAUGGUCCAAGAAGGAUUAACUUUAAGGACGAAGAUUUUAAAACAGAGUAUGAAGAAAAUCAUGAGGUUGAAUAUUUGGAUGAUGAUUUCUUUGAAUCAAAUGAUAUUGUCACAAAAGAUGUUGUCAGUAGCGUGAACAGAGAAACACAGCAAAAUGAUAUGAAAACAUUGAUAGAAAUGAAAUCUGAAAAAGCGGUAAAAGUGAAAAAUAAAAUUUUAUUUUGUAAAAUAUGUUCGAAGAACUUCCGUAAAAUAAAAACAUUAAGAGCUCAUAUGAAGAAGUGUAGAAAUACAGAAGUGAAAAAUUCUUUUCCCUGCGGAAAAUGUAAGGAGACAUUCAGCCAUGAACAAGACCUGCGCAUACAUUCAGCAUUACAUACCAAAGGAAAUAAAUGGACUUGUAACGAAUGUCAGAAAGAAUUCACUGAGAGGAACCGUUUCCGUCGUCACAUCCGCCGUCACAUGGCGUGCUGGAGGCUGGCCUGUGACGCGUGCGGCAAGACCUUCGCUGAGCCGUGCGCGCUACGCAGACAUGCGCGUGUUCAUACCGGCGAGAGAAAAGAGAAGACACUGCGCUGCGACAUCUGUGACAAACGUUUCAGCGACCGCACCCAGCUAGCGACUCAUUCCACCCGUCAUAGCGGCCUCAUGCCCUGUUCGUGUUCCGUCUGCGGUAAGGCGUUUCCAUCUCAGAGACUGCUCGCCUCGCACGCUCGUGUACACUCAGACUUGAAGCCCUACGCCUGUCUCUACUGUGACAAACGAUUCAGGCACGAGUCCACCAGGAACACACACCAUCGCACCCAUACCGGCGAGAAGCCAUACGUAUGUUCCAUAUGCGGAAAAACCUUCAUACAGAACUCUAACCUCAAGCUGCACAUGAGGACUCACACGGGUGAGAGGCCCUACACCUGCAACGACUGCGGCAGCAAAUUCACUUCCAGCUCGUCUCUGACGUGUCACCGCCGAAUACACACGGGAGAGAAACCAUACGAAUGUCCUGUCUGCGGGAAGAGGUUCGCUCGAACUCACAUAUCUACUCAUCUGCGAUCUCACUCUGGCGAGCGACCUUUCGCUUGUUGCGCUUGUCCACGCGCGUUUAUCAGUGCUGCGAGGCUGAAGGACCAUUGUCUUGUACACACAGGAGAGAAACCCUUCGAGUGUGCUAUUUGUUCGGAGAAGUUCGGUCGGAAAAAUUACUUGGUAAAGCAUCUCCGGACUCACAAAAAUAAAGUAAAUAAGGAUACGGUGAAAAAUCAGGAAAUAGUUAUUCUCCAGGAAGUGCCAUUUGUUGUGGAGGAUAGCGUUAUAUACAACGAGGACCCCGGCAACGAAGUAUCCCUAGACACCGGCGUCAAUACUGUUAGUAACAAAAAUAUAACUUUGGAAGUGUCCGAGGAAAUCCCAAUAGGGGUCUCGGGAGAACUUAUUUUACACGAAAAUGGUGAAGAGAAGACAGAGCUGGUGGUGGUGGACAACAUUCAGAAUGGUAUGAAUUUCACCAACGGUGAUAUGUGUCUUGAUGGGAACGUCAACUAUGUGAAUGAUGUCAGUUUAGUUGGAGUCAACGAUGAUGUACCAUCAUCAGCCUCAUCUGCCGAGGAAACCACCAUGAAACUUUACAAAUUGGACCAAAGUUUAGUACAAAUACAAACAUCCACCGGACAACUUACAAUAAGGAAAAUGACAGCUAACUUUUAAACAGGUUUUAGUAUGAUAAUCACAAAGAAAAAAUUGUUUGUAGAAAAUUAAAUUACUUAUUUGCCAAAAA